GGAGUCCCGCCAACAGGUCACGUGAGACUGUGCGCCGCAGAUCGGCCCCGCCCUCCGCUUUGUGACGCACGAUCACGUGGUGUGUUGCGAACAAGGUUUACAAGAAUAAUCUCAGCAAUGAUCGGCUUUAUGUAUGAGGAGCAUUUGAUGGUUGUGGACCUGUGCUCAAUGGAGUUCAGAGGGACAGUGGGGUUGGUGGAGGGAUGUAUGGUUAAGUAAACCUACCGAAUGCUGGAAAGCCUGGAUACAGUGGACAUGGAGAGGAUGUUUCCAUUAGACGGAGAGUCUGUGAUCUGACAGCAUAGGCUCAGAAUAAAGACGCUUCCCUUUAAAAUUGAGUUAGACCUGCGGUGAGAGAUUUAUUGGAAUAAAAAAACCCAACUGGAAGCAAACCACGACUGAAGAUGAGGGAACAUCAACAAGUGAACCAGCCCGAGGAUUGAGAGCAUCAACUGAAGAGAAUCCAUCUGACUCGGAGAUUCCAGUGAUUCAGUCAGGAGAAAGUUUGGUUAAAAACGAGAAGGAAUUUGUCUCCCAGAAGCUCAAACAUGGCACACCAGUUUUGCUGUCUCUGUCUAGAUAUUUAAGAGGUGAAGCAAGGGAUUCAAUCAACCUUCCUAUCUGAUCAGACUACGGGGCAGGAUUCACUCAGUCAUUUGACCAACUGGCACCUCCAUUAUUUUACACAGGGGAGAGCCCAUUCUUCUGCUCAGGCUGUGGGAAUGGAUUCAGUCAGUCAUCUCAACUGAAGGUACAUCAGUAAGUUCACAUUGGGCAAGGUCAUUCACCUGUUCUGUGUGUAAAAAAAAUAUUUAGUCUGUCAUCCCACCUGUGGACCCACCAGUCAGAAGCUGGUCAUCUGCUAAAUUUCUGGGGAAGGAUUCACUCGGUCAUCUGACCUAAUGGCUCACCAGUCAGUUCACACAAGGGAGAAGCCAUUCACCUGCUCAGACUGCGGUAAGGGAUUUACUCGGUCAUCUGACCUAAAGGUACAUCAGCGAGUUCACACUGGGGAGAAGCCAUUCACCUGCUCAGUCUGUGGGAAGGGAUUCACUCGGUCAUCCUACCUGCAGAAUCAUAAGCAAGUUCACACUGGGGAGAAGCCAUUCAUCUGCCUAGAAUGCGGGAAGAAAUUCACUUCGUCAUCCAGCCUGCGGAGUCAUCAGCGAGUUCACACUGGGGAGAAGCCAUUCAUCUGCUUAGAAUGUGGGAAGAAAUUCAUUUCGUCAUCCAGCCUGCUGAGUCAUCAGCGAGUUCACACUGGAGAGAAACCGUUCACCUGCUCAGAAUGUGGGAAGGGAUGCACUCAUUCAUCCAGCCUACAGAGACACCAGCAAUCUCACACUGGGGAGAAGCCAUUCACCUGCACAAUCUGUGGGAAGGAAUUCACUCAGUUAUCCAACCUGCAGAGUCAUCAGCGAGUUCACACUGGAGAGAAGCCAUUCACCUGCUCAGAAUGCGGGAAGGGAUUCACUUUCUCAUCGACACUUAAGGUACACCAGCGAGUUCACACCAGGGUGAAACCGUUCACCUGCUCAGACUGUGGGAAGAGAUUCACUUUCUCAUCUAACCUGAAGGUACAUCAGGUGGUUCACACUGGGGAGUGGCCGUUCACCUGUUCAGUCUGUGGGAAGGGAUUCAUUAACUCAACUGAACUGAUAGUUCAUCAGCGAGUUCACACUGGAGAGAGGCCAUUCACCUGCUCAGACUGUGGGAAGGGAUUCAUUAAGUCAGCUGAACUGAAGGUUCAUCAGCGAGUUCACACUGGGGAGAGGCCGUUUACCUGCUCAGACUGUGGGAAGGGAUUCACUUCCUCAUCUAACCUGAUGACACACCAGCGAGUUCACACCGGGGAGCGGCCGUUCACUUGCUCGAACUGUGGGAUGAGAUUCGCACGGUUAUUCACCCUACAGUGUCACCAGCGAGUUCACACUGGGGAGAAGCCAUUCACCUGCUCAGACUGUGGGAAGAGAUACACUCAGUCAUCUGACCUAAAGGCUCACCAGCGAUUUCACACCAAGGAGUGUCCAUUCACCUGCUCGGACUGUGGGAAGGGAUUCACUUUGGAAUCGACUCUAGUGAAACACCAGCGAGUUCACACUGGGAAGAAGCCGUUCACUUGCUCAGUCUGUGGGAAGGGAUUCGCUCAGUCAAGUAACCUGCGGAGUCAUCAGCAACUUCACACUGGGAAGAAGCCAUUCACUUGCUCAGAAUGUGGUAAGGGAUUCACUAUGUCAUCUCACCUACUGAUACACCAGCGAGUUCACACUGGGGAGAAACCGUUCACCUGCUCAGACUGUGGGAAGAGAUUCACUUUCUCAUCUAACCUGAAGGUACAUCAGGUGGUUCACACUGGGGAGUGGCCGUUCACCUGUUCAGUCUGUGGGAAGGGAUUCAUUAACUCAACUGAACUGAUAGUUCAUCAGCGAGUUCACACUGGAGAGAGGCCAUUCACCUGCUCAGACUGUGGGAAGGGAUUCAUUAAGUCAGCUGAACUGAAGGUUCAUCAGCGAGUUCACACUGGGGAGAGGCCGUUUACCUGCUCAGACUGUGGGAAGGGAUUCACUUCCUCAUCUAACCUGAUGACACACCAGCGAGUUCACACCGGGGAGCGGCCGUUCACUUGCUCGAACUGUGGGAUGAGAUUCGCACGGUUAUUCACCCUACAGUGUCACCAGCGAGUUCACACUGGGGAGAAGCCAUUCACCUGCUCAGACUGUGGGAAGAGAUUCACUCAGUCAUCUGACCUAAAGGCUCACCAGCGAUUUCACACCAAGGAGUGUCCAUUCACCUGCUCGGACUGUGGGAAGGGAUUCACUUUGGAAUCGACUCUAGUGAAACACCAGCGAGUUCACACUGGGAAGAAGCCGUUCACUUGCUCAGUCUGUGGGAAGGGAUUCGCUCAGUCAAGUAACCUGCGGAGUCAUCAGCAACUUCACACUGGGAAGAAGCCAUUCACUUGCUCAGAAUGUGGUAAGGGAUUCACUAUGUCAUCUCACCUACUGAUACACCAGCGAGUUCACACUGGGGAGAAGCCGUUCAUCUGCUCAGACUGUGGGAAGGGAUUCACUUGCUCAUCCCAACUGAAGGUACAUCAGCGAGUUCACACUGGGGAGAAGCCAUUCACCUGCUCAGAAUGUGGGAAGGGAUUCAGUCGGUCAUCCAGCCUACAGAGUCAUCAGCGAGUUCACACUGGGGAGAAGCCAUUCACCUGCUCAGAAUGUGGGAAGAGAUUCACUCGGUCAUCCCACCUACUGAAACAUCAGCGAGUUCACACUAGGGAGAAGCCGUUCACCUGCUCAGACUGUGGGCAGGGAUUCACACUGUCAUCCCACCUACUGAGACAUCAGCGAGUUCACACUGGGGAGAAGUCGUUCACCUGCUUAGACUGCGGGAAGGGUUUCACUCGGAUAUCCAACCUGCAGAGUCAUCAGCGAGUUCACACUGGGGUGAAGCCAUUCACCUGCUCAGAAUGCGGGAAGGCAUUCACUCGGUCAUCGCACCUACUGAGACAUCAGCGAGUUCACACUAGGGAGAAGCCAUUCAUCUGCUCAGAAUGAGGGAAGAGAUUCACUGAUUCAUCCACCCUACAGAGACACCAGAAAGUUCACACUGGGAAGAAGCCAUUCACCUGCUCAGUCUGUGGGAAGGGAUUCACUCAGUCCUCCACCCUACAGAAACACCAGUCAGUUCACACAUUCUGAGCUAUUCACCUGCUCAGAAUGUUGGAAAGGAUUCAUUCAGUCAUCCCAACUACUGGCACACCAGUCAGUUCUCAUUGUUAUUAAUCCCUUGCUUUUGCUUGCUGAGGACAUUCAUUUUAAGAGAGAGAGUGAUUAAGAAGGCAAAUCAGUCUGGCUUGCAGCUUGUUUACAUCACUCACAGCUUGUUUAGUUUUAACCGAGGAAUCAGACACUCAGAGUCAGACGGAGAUAAAGGAGGAAAAAUGGAAGUAUCGAAACCAGGGAACUAGUGGCCAAGAGUCACUGUUUAGAGCUUUCCUAUGCCCACAAGUGUGGGUUAAGUAUUGAUUCACCAUGCAUCGAAUGUGUGGUUGUCACCUUGUUUGAUCCAUAGGUGUGGAUCAGAUUUAAGGUAUCCUGUGAAGACUACUUUUGUGUUAACGCUUGGCGGGGUGUGGUGUGAUAAUACACUUGAAGAUGAUACCCCUUGUGACAAGUCACUUUCGGUGAUAAUUCGUAUGUGGAUUUGGAACGAUGAAGCAUAAAAUCUACAGCAACUGUUCUCUCAUUUUACUACAAUGGAACCUUUGGAAUUCGACGUAAUUGCCUUCUCUCGACAUUUACCCUGGAUUACAAAUAUCUCUCUCUCGUUACCUAUUCCGUGGAUGAACUGAACUUCCAUACUUUACCAUCUCAAGACUCUCAAGCCUUGUUUCCCCCAAGCUCAAUAGUUUGGGAGUUAUAUUUUGUUACGCCCCAACCUCUGAGGGGCCGAAGGGUACAACGUAGCCCCCUCCUUUUUGAGAAUCGCAAGAUCGCUAUGAAUUCAGGUCAGGAGACCCAGGAAAUGAGAGAAAGACACGCAGAAUCCACAUGGGGUUUUUAAUGUCCCAGCCCCUCAGCGAUACAAAGCCACGGGAAAUGGUCAUUGUCACUUGGAGAUGGAAUAGUGUAUUGAGUUCCGUACUAUUUAGUUGAAGCCCUCAGGGAAUGAGCCGAGGGGGCUGGCUGAGAGAUUGCAUCAUUCCAACCUGAUUGACAUCUGAGAACCUGUGAGUAACGAUAAAAGAGGGUCUGGGGAACAACCCCUUUAGACGCACCAGGGAAACGAUAGAAAUCCCGUCUGUCCAUCCUUGCCCGGAUGACGAGUUUUCCACUGAACGGCUUAGCUAAGGACCGACUACAAAAACAGAACUCUCGAAGGAUUGACAUCAUAAAAAGGAAAGCCGGCAAGUUUAAAACAUCUCUCUCUCUUGACUCCAACAAAAGGCUGCAGCCUGCACAAACUUGAGUGACUUUUAUAUUUCCAUCGGACAAUACAUUAUCUCCUAGACAACGAUAGAAUUUUUUCUUAUUGAUUAUUAUUAUACCCGCGCUUUUAGAAUUA